AUGAGUGCUACAGAAGAAGCUGAAGCUUUGAAACUGUUAUUUCGGAAUCAGUAUUCAUUUCUAAUUUCAAAGGUAGAAGUAUUGUCUGCAAAAUUUAAUACUUGCAAGGACUUUGAAACUUUCAGCUUGUAAAUGGAUGUGUAGAAUCAAACAUGCCUUUAAAUGGCAAGGCAAAUCUUACAGUUACAGGGGUCAACCCAGCACAAAUAAAGGCAGAAACUUCAAAUAUUGUUAAUGUCACUUGAAUGUAUUAAUAGGAAAAUGAGAAGAACUGUGAGUCUAUGUUUGGGACCCAUAGCACAGGUGGGAUACAGCAAUAAUUUAAAAUUAACUUGCUUAAGAUACCUAUGUUCCACUUUUCUUUAUAUAAUUCACGGGGACGCUCAACAGAAAUAAUUAUUAUAUAUAUGAUAACAUUUUUGUAUUUCAAAAGUAUCUUGUUCCUUUUGCAAAGUCAGUAACUAUAGACCAUUUUUAGCUAUUUCCUUGUGUACUCCCUCACCCUUUUUGCAUCCAGAUUAUGUUUACUGCCUCUGAUCUUGGUGUAUUUGAUCUGCUGAUGGAGUCCAAGGAACCGUUGACUUCAGUGACUAUUGCCGAACGUCUGGGUACCAGUCCCUUUGGGAUGGAGAGACUACUAGACGCCUGUGUUGGCUACAAGUUCCUGCAAGUGGAGAGGAAGGACAACCAAAGUAUUUAUUCUUUAUCUGGAAAUUUAACCAACACUAUAAAGUCAAAAUACCAUUUAAUCCCCCCCCCCCCAGUAAGCAGGAGAGAUGAUCUGUUGGAUGUGCUUGUACCUUGUUGUUUACAAAUGUCAGUGAGAAAGCUCAUUAGCAAAUAGGCAGCUACCACAGGUAACUAAGCAGCUGUAAGGGAACCGGGUGGUGCUGUGGUCUAAACCACUGAGCCUCUUGGGCUUGCUGAUCAGAAGGUGCACUCCCUUUGCUCUGUCCAAGCUCCUGUCAACCUUGUAGUAGUGAAAGCAUGCCAGUGCAAGCAAUUAUAAAUAGGUAUUAUUGCCGUGGGAAGAUAAAUGGCAUUACCCUGUGCUCUGACUUCUGUCAUGGUAUUCCGUUGUGCCAGAAGCGGUUUAGUCAUGCUGGCUACAUGACCCGGAAAGCUGUCUGUGGACAAAUGCUGGCUCCCACGGCCCGAAAGUGAGAAGAGCUCUGCAACCCCAUGGUCACCUUUGACUGGACUUAACCAUCCAGGGGUCCUUUACCUUUUUACUUUUUUACUAAGCACCAAUGCAGCUCAGGACAUUAAGAGUCUGUCCUCCUAACUUAGGUGUUACAAUGGGAAAAAGUUGCCUGAUGUUCAUAUAUUUCUAAUACUUCACUCCAGAUCUCAGAAUGGCCACUCCUAGUGGCUGCUUAUAGCAGGCAUAGGCAAACUUAGCCCUCCAGAUGUUUUGGGACUACAACUCCCAUGAUCCCUAGCUAACAGGACCAGUGGUCAGGGAUGAUGGAGGGCUGAGUUUGCCUAUGCCUGGUUUAUAGCAUUGGUGACCAUGUGGCAGCUUUGCACCCUGAAGUUCCACUGCCAGCAGGUGGAGGCCUAGUCUUUCCAUACUUUUCUCUGGAAGAGAAGCUGGAGAAUUGCAGUCUCAGUGUUGCACUUUUUUUACAAUGCGAGCAGCAUGCCAUGGAAUCAUAGAAAUGUGUCUUCUGUCUCAUUAUCCUUAUUUCAAGCAUUUGGUCCCUGCAGAAUUGGGGAGGGAAAGGGGCUUUGCACAGAGGCGUGAAAACGUUAAUCUUUUGUCCCCUUCGUUUUAAGCGCUUUAUGGAAAUACCAACCUUGCCAAUCUCUACCUUGGCAAAAGAAGCCCAAAGACUCAGUAUUAUUCCUUGAAGUUCAAUGCUGAAUUUGUCUAUACGAGAGCACAGCACCUGGCUGAUUCUGUGAGGUGAGGAGAAGGAUAGCACUGAAGUGGGGAACUUAAUGUCACAGUGCUGUAGGGUUGCCACCUGUCCUGUCUAAUACAGGAUUGUCCUGUAAAUGUAAAAUGGUAAUGGAUCCUUCCUCAGUAGGGCUAAUUCCAGAUGAGCAAUCACAAACAUUAACCUUCCCGCUGCUCACCCACUGUAAGCCGCAAACAGAAUUACAAUUGCCUUUCUAUUUUGUCAGAUAUCUUGUACUUGUUCUGUUUGCCUCUCGCUGUGCUCAGUACCUACCGUAUUUUUUGCUCUAUAAGACUCACUUUUUCCCUCCUAAAAAGUAAGGGGAAAUGUGCGUGCGUCUUAUGGAGUGAAUGCAAACUGCGCAGCUAUCCCAGAAGCCAGAACAGCAAGAGGGAUUGCUGCUUUCACUGCGCAGCGAUCCCUGUUGCUGUUCUGGCUUCUGAGAUUCAGAAUAUUUUUUUUCUUGUUUUCCUCCUCCAAAAAUUAGGUGCAUCUUGUGGUCUGGUGCAUCUUAUAGAGCGAAAAAUACUAAGUAGGAGCUGGCAGGACAUAGCUACUGUGGGCUGAGCCAUUUGAAGCUUAGCACAUAUUCACGAUACUGUAUAACCCUUAUAGCGAAUACUAUCUAACGACACCCAUUUAUUCGUCAAAAGGUUUCGAUGUUAUUUUCAACAAAAUGAUUAAAAACAAGACCACUACCAUAACAGCUGCUGCAAUUAACCAUGUUGAUAAAAUGGCUGUGAAUUUAAGGUUGGAUUUUGGGUAGUAUGCUAUAAUGCUUUAUGUAUUGUAUUAUGAUAUUUUAGCACUAUAGCAAAAUAUAUAAAAAAGGAGCUUUAUAGCAUUUAUCUUAUAAUACUGUUCCUCACUUUUGUUUACAAACUUUUUUUUACUGAUUAUUAAAAAAUUGAUAAAAAGGGUAAUAAAAUGGUAAAACUCACAGACGUUACAAAUAAACAAACCUGUGAUUGUUAGACACAGCUUUGACAACAAAUGUAAUUGUAUGAGUAGUAAACUUGGUUUAAUUGUUUUGCUGAAGAGGCUGAAAUUUAAUUCUGUAGUUUUGAUGCUCAUUCUUUCUUAAAGUAAAACAAAUAUUCUCUUUCAGGGAAGGAGAGGCUCAGACGUAUAGAUUAAGUGACAUUUCUACAAAAGAUUUCUAUGAGGCUAUGUACAGGUACAGAAAAAAGUGUAUUUUUGAAGAUCUUGUUUAUUUAUAAAGAAUGGGCAAAGCUUUCCCUUUGCAAUUUGUGUGAAACCUAUUGCUAACUUGUAUUCACCUGAUGUCUAAAAUUAGAUUCCUUGCUAUCAGGUGUUACAUUACACAAACUACAUAGGAGCCGCGGGAGCUUCGGCCCCGAAAUAAAAUAUUUGAGGGGGCAGGUCCCCCCCCCAGGUUGAUGGGGAUUCCCAUUCAAAUGGUGUGUAUGCACUGCCUCAUGUGAUCGGUUAUGAGGGGCGGGGCUUACCUGGGCCCACAUUAUAUUUUAUUCAAGUUGGCACCCUAACAGACUAGUUGUGAAGACCCUGCCUUGUUUGCCUCCAGUAUUUUCAAAUGUUGAAGCAGAACUGCUUCCAGUCAUAGCAAAUAGCCUUUUCUGAGUCGGGUGAGAGGAACAGCUACAGUAAAUGAUGUAUUAUUCAUAUUAAUAGUACUACUAGUAGUAGUAGUAGUAGUAGUAGUAGUAGUAUUUAAAUUUGAGUAUGGAUUAUGGAUACAUCCCAUCAUGAUCGGUACAAUGGGAAAGAGAAGGAUGAGGCCAAAGAAAGGAAAGGAAAUCCACACACAACUAAAAUGCAACAGCAUUAUGUGGAAUAUGGCUCCUGUCUAGAACCAUCCUCUGUUCAAAGAUAUCCCCUCUGUUAACUGAUAAUACAAUUCUGAAUUACUAGAUCAAAGAGCAGCUUGCGAGAAUUCAUGGAGUUUAUGCAUGAGAUGUGGAGUCUCUGUGGUCGAGAUGUGUUGAAUGCAUUUGAUCUCUCUAAUUUCCCACUAGUUUGUGAUUUGGGAGGUAAGUACCAUAAAUUCUCACAUGUCUUCCUAUGCUGGCACUCUGAAAUCAUAAGGCUGCUGUUGUAGAACAGGAAACAUCCCUCAAUGACCCAUGACCCAAGCUCUGAACUAUCAGAUCCUCAGAACUGCAAAAGUGGUAAAUUGAAUGACAUGACUGAACAGCCACCUAUCUGGUGUACUAUCUUAGAGUUUUGCACAUGAAGUUUUGGGGAAAGCUUUGAUAUGCACAACAUGUUAAUUUUUUACCUUUGGUUCUCCCUUAAGGAUGUAGUGGAGCCCUAGCAAAGGAAUAUAUUUCAUUGUAUCCAAAUUCUACAGUGACCAUUUUAGACCUACCUGAAGUAGUGGAAACAGGAAAGAAGCAUUUUGUCUCCUCAGAGGAACAUCGGAUUGCUUUUCAUGAAGGUAAAAUGUUAUUUUAUCCUACAAAGGUUACAUCAUUUUUCCACUAACAAACAAGACAGCCAUGCACUAAGCAGGGAUCGAGAAUCAGUGACCCUUUAGUUAUGGUUGGACUACAACUCCCAUCAUUCCUGACCAUGCUGACUGGGGCUGAUGGGAGUUGGAAACCAUGAGAACAGAUCUUCCCAGGACUCUUAUGUUCAGCUUUCCCUCCUUACAGUAGAAGCACCAGGAGACAGAAGUGCACACCUUAUAGCUACAAAUUUGAGAAAGAUAAAAUGAAGUAUACUUUCCGUAAGAAUAAUAAUUAUUUCACCGGUUCUCUACUUGUUUUAUUUCAGGUGAUGCUUUUAAAGAUCCAAUUCCGGAAGCUGACCUGUAUAUUUUGGUUAGGACCCUACACUGCUUUACAGAUGAGAAGUGUGUGCAACUGCUAACCAGACUGCACAGGGCCUGCAAGCCUGGUAGGUGCAUGGUGUCAAAGGUGUUUCCUGUGGGAAUGAAUUCUGAUACUAAUCUGCUUGGAUUUCCCCAUGGCCCCUUCCCCUUAUGUCUGCAUACCACUCUGGCUCAGCUGCAUUCCUUUAUUUCUUGAGCUUCUGAUCCCAGGAUACUUGGGCAAAGUAACAUACUGCUUCUUAAUAUGUAACGGUGCAUCUUCCAUGUCCUAUUCUAAAACAGGUGGUGGAGUUCUAGUAGUGGAAAUAGUUCUCAACGAAGACAGAACGGGGCCACUAGAAGCUCAUAUAUAUGGUUUGGUUAUGCUGCUUUGUACUCAAGGAAAAGAACGGACCCCGUCAGAGUACAAUGCGCUCCUCAGUGCCGCUGGCUUCAAGGAUAUUCAGCAAAAGAAAGCAAUCCUCUUUGAUGCCAUUUUAGGAAGAAAAUAA